AUGUUAGGGCACCUUCUCUGCCCCUGGCAGUCCCUUGAUAAGACACCUGCUGCGCCUGCCGAAGAUGACCAGGUAUCCUUUUUGACUGUCGAGUCAAUCGACGAGAUAGAACAAUAUCUGGGCGAUGUCGGCCGUGGUGCGGACUACCCCCUGUAUCGACCUCGCCGUCGCUCUCAACCAUACCAGAACCGCAGUACUAGUUCGCAGGAGGACCAGGCCGACCUUGUGUUGCCCGAUUUUCGGAGAGGGCGUCCUUUCAAGCCUCGCUACUUUAACUCGCCAAAGAAAACGGCCGAGCAACUACGAACCCUUUCCACAAUUUGGGAGGCUUCUCUAGACGAUAUCCAAAAAGCGUAUUGCCAGACGACGCAGCAACCUCCAAUGGAUUCGUCAGGACAACAGGCUGGAAGCUCGCAGGAAUCUGCGAAUGUCAGCCGCCAACAGAAUGCUCAGGCUCCGACGACGUCGUCAACACCACCCGUCCCGUCCCCCGAUGCUCAAUCUCCAUCCGUGCGGUCCACCUCCGCUUGCCCGUCACUGACUGUCCCACCCGCUCUGUCACCGUUGACAGCUUCCCGGUUGAGCCCGGACGUUCGGACGUGCUCAUUUAAGCCCACUGGACUUGCCCACACAGGAAAGACCAUACUUUCCCACGACCGCGGUCUUCAUAUCCGACCAGUGAGCCUCAUCCCAGAUAAUCCCUACGGCUACCCUCUGCCGCCUCCCUUUCGCCACAAUUGGGACAUUCCCAACCGCCGCGCAGCCGUCAAUUCCGUCGACCCUUCCCGUGUCCUGCGCGCAGGGUACACGGGUCCGCCCACCGGCUCACGGCCGAGGCCCACGGCGAGCAUCAUCGAAACAUCGAGCACUGCUACAACCCCCAAUGUCACAAGCAGCCUUGACGACUCAGCCAAGACGGGUCCAAAUGGAGUGGACGGGUUAACGACGGGACCGUCGCCACCCGGCGACUCCGUCGCGUCUCAAGUCCAGCGCGAAGGGGAGAAAGAGGGAGAUGGACGGCAAGGAGAGUGA